AUGACUAACCAUGGAGAUGGCUGCUAUUUCUUCUUCAACACCACAUGUGCUAAAGGCGACAGCUGCCCCUUCAGACACUGUGAAGCCGCCAAGGGCAGUAAUUUCGUCUGCAGCCUGUGGCAGGAGAGACGCUGCUCCCAACAGGUCUCCAUGUUCUGCCACAUGCAGAUCAAGGUAAAUAGAAAGGAGAUUGCAUGUUACUUUGAGACCCAGCCUGCUGGCUGCCAGAAGCAGCACUGUGCCUUCCACCAUGACAAACCCCACUUCAUAGAAGCCAAUCCACAGCUCCGUGGGGUCAUCAAGACGGAGACUCAGGUGAAUGUUCCCAGACCCACAAACCUGCCUGUGGUCAUCAACCGAGCAGAUGAUGUUGAGGACGAAGAUGCACAAAGCUACAGCUCAAAGAUCCCCAGCUCAAAGAUACCCAGCACAACGCUACAGCUCAAAGAUCCCCAGCUCAAAGAUACCCAGCACAAAGCUACAGCUCAAAGAUACCCAGCACAAAGCUACAGCUCAAAGAUACCCAUCUCAAAGAUUCCCAGCACAACGCUACAGCUCAAAGAUCCCCGGCUCAAAGAUACCCAGCACAAAGCUACAGCUCAAAGAUACCCAUCUCAAAGAUACCCAGCACAAAGCUACAGCUCAAAGAUCCCCAGCUCAAAGAUUCCCAGCACAAAGCUACAGCUCAAAGAUCCCCAGCUCAAAGAUUCCCAGCACAAAGCUACAGCUCAAAGAUCCCCAGCUCAAAGAUCCCCAGCACAAAGCUACAGCUCAAAGAUCCCCAUCUCAAAGAUACCCAGCACAAAGCUACAGCUCAAAGAUCCCAAGCUCAAAGAUACCCAGCACAAAGCUACAGCUCAAAGAUACCCAGCUCAAAGAUACCCAGCACAAAGCUACAGCUCAAAGAUUCCCAGCACAAAGCUACAGCUCAAAGAUCCCCAGCUCAAAGAUACCCAGCACAAAGCUACAGCUCAAAGAUCCCCAGCUCAAAGAUCCCCAGCACAAAGCUACAGCUCAAAGAUACCCAGCUCAAAGAUACCCAGCACAAAGCUACAGCUCAAAGAUCCCCAGCUCAAAGAUACCCAGCACAAAGCUACAGCUCAAAGAUACCCAGCUCAAAGAUACCCAGCUCAAAGAUUCCCAGCACAAAGCUACAGCUCAAAGAUCCCCAGCUCAAAGAUACCCAGCACAAAGCUACAGCUCAAAGAUACCCAGCUCAAAGAUACCCAGCUCAAAGAUACCCAGCGCAAAUAUACCCAGCUCAAAGGAACAAUGGAGCAACCCUUCAAGAAGCUGGAUGAGGACCAGGGGCCCAUCCCCAGCCUCAUGAAGACCAAGCAGCCGGCUGUGGAAGCAAUUCCAGGUAACUCCCAGGGACCCACCCACCUAAACAUGCCCAGCCGGAGGGCCCUUCAUGUGGGAGGAGUGAAGGUGAAAACCCUGGAGGAGAUCCACAGGGAGAAGGCUGCCAGGAUGCAGGCCCAGGGACAGGAGGCGUCCAAUGGGAAAAUCCUAGGCUCUGCCUCAGACUCCGGAAAGGGAGAGGCUUCGCAGGCCACAGCUGCCGGAGAGAGCAGGCCUCCAUCAGCCAACCAGAGGGCUCCACUGAGGCAGAAUCUGCACAGAAACAGCCCACAGACCCCGCCGCCUCCAGAAGGAGAAGAUUAUGCCCUCUGUCAUAGUGACGGUCAACCCACCGGCCACGUACUUGCCCCCCUCAUCACACUGGAGGCACCCGCCCCGGCACCCAAGGUCCCCCUCUGUCAGCACAUCACUCUCAAACCCAAGGUAGCCCCCCCUGUUCUCUGCGCCUCCCCCCAGCAGGGCUCUCCACUGAGGCAGGCAGAGGCAGACCCACCAUCCCUCAGCCCCAGGAGCUCCAGCACUGCCCCAGGCAAGAGGAAGAGAGGCUCCACGGGAAGUGCCAGUCCCCCAAAAAAGUCUGCCUUAACAGCAGCAGCCUUCCCUGGACCCUCUGUGGACGAGGCUCCGGUUGAGAAGGCUCCAGAUGGAGCCCAGAAUAAAUCUCCUGAGAGAGCUACUAAAGUAUCUUUGUUGAAGGAGCUGAUCUACGCUGCCAUGCCCAUCAUAGCGGUGCUGGUGUAA